CACCCCUUGCAGCUGAUAGCUCGCACAAGUCCAUAGGCCAGCACAGCGCACAGAGCAGAGCAAACGCUCGCUCUGCAGUCUGCACGAACGCGUGUCCCGUCCGAUCCUUGUGACAAUGUCGCCCACACCUUCCCAGCUCGCCGGCGGAGAGCCGUUCCGCGUGUUCGUGGGGUACGACUCCCGCGAGGACAUCGCGUACCGCGUGUGCCGCCGCUCCCUGCUGCGCCGCUCCUCCAUCCCGGUGGACGUCAUCCCCAUCGUGCAGCAGGAGCUCCGCGAGGCCGGGCUGUACUGGCGGGAGCGCGGGCCGACGGAGAGCACCGAGUUCUCCUUCACCCGCUUCCUGACGCCGCACCUCGCGGGCUACCGCGGCUGGGCGCUCUUCGUGGACUGCGACUUCCUCUUCGUCGCCGACGUCGCGGAGCUGGCGCGCCUCGCCGACCCGCGCUACGCCGUGCUGUGCGUGCACCACGACUACACGCCCAGGGAGUCCACCAAGAUGGACGGCGCCGUGCAGACGGCGUACCCGCGCAAGAACUGGUCGUCCAUGGUGCUCUUCAACUGCGGCCACCCCAAGAACCGCGCCGCGCUCACGCCGGAGGCCGUCAGCACGCAGACCGGCGCCUACCUCCACCGCUUCAUGUGGCUCGACGACGGCGAGGUCGGCGAGGUCCCGUUCGUGUGGAACUUCCUCGUGGGGCACAACAAGGUCGACCCCGCCGACGAGGCCGGCACGGCGCCGCGCGCGAUACACUACACGUCCGGGGGGCCCUGGUUCGAGAGGUACAAGGACUGCGAGUUCGCCGACCUCUGGGUCCAGGAGCGCGACGCCUACGAGGCCGAGGAGAAGGAGGAGAAGAUCGCCGAGGAUGACGAUGUCAAGGCCGCCAUACCAAUGGCACCCGCCGUGUCGGUGGACGCGUGAUCGAGAUCCCAUAGCCUCCUCCUCCUCGCUGAGCUGAGGCCCCGUUUAAUUUUGUGCUAUUUUUUUUUCCCGUCGAUACGUGUAGUGUGCUAUGUUGAUAAUCAGCUAGCGGUGGUGUAUGUGCCUCGUGCUUAUCAGGAAUCAAACCUCUAGGUUUGAUAUCCUACGUAUCUUAUUACUAGUCGUGCUGGCGAUGUGUCCGUCUCAUGUACCUUAAUAAGGCACAAUUGUGCAUGUGGUGGAAAUUGAUUGUGCAAGCAUUUGUGGAAGUACUGUAUUUCAUGAAAUAAAUAAAUGGACGUGUGUGUGCAA